AUGGGCCGCAGCGCCGGUCCGACCCGUGUGCUCGUCGUGAUCGGCUCGGAGUCGGGCACGACCACCGGCAUCAUACGUGGCAUCGUCUCGAAGUGGGAGAAGAAGCUGGACGGGAAAACCAAGAGCUACGUAAUCGAGCAAACCUCGCGGCCGUCGACCGACGUCGCGAGCCUCAUGGAUAAGUGCGAUGUCCUCAUCGUCGCGACCAGCUCCUACGGAGAGGGAGAUCCGCCGGACAACCUUGAGCGCUUCUUCAACGCCCUGCACGCAGCGGCAAAGGGCGUCGACGGCGCGCCACCGACACAGAUUCUGUCCGGGCUGCAGCAUGCCGUCCUCGGCAACGGCUCCUCGGUCUACGACACCUUCCAGAACUGCCCGCGGCUGCUCGACAAGUGGAUCGGUGAGUGCGGCUCGCGGCGGAUGGCCAAGCGCGCCGAGCUCGACGAGACGCACGACUCCAACGACCCGGUCGAGAAACAGGCCGACUACCUUCGCUGGGCCGACGAGAUGUUCGGGCUGCUCCAGGCGCUGCCCUCGCCGGACGAGAAGGAGGUGUGCGCGUGGACCGAGCCGUCUGCGCAGAUCCUGAUGCCGGACGAGCCCGGGCCCUCCGGUCCCCUGGGAACGAUGCUGAUGUGGAUGACGCUCGGGGCGGCGGUCGUCGUCGGCGUUGGCUACCAGCUCUUCUUCCGCGACGCGGCGGCGGCAGGAGAGGCGUGA